AUAGUAUAGCAUUGGACAGCUCCACUCAAUCCACACUCAGCAGUUUCACAGAAGUGUUGUCAACUCCUACUCCAGGUGCCACGUCAUCAACUCCAAGCACACUUUCCCAUGUACUUCCGACAGAGGAGGUCUCAACAACUAAGAAUUUUUCCAUACCUGAAAUUUCAACAUCAUCUAUGCCUCAAACUACCACAGUAGAAACUACAUCGUUUCAUUCAUUGCCCAGCACUCCAUCUUCAACAACGCCUACUUUGAUCACUAAUAUCGUGGCCUUACCAGUAUCAAGAUCUGAAACUCAAGACUACACAACAAGUACAGACACAUCUCUUGAAAUGUCGACAAAAAUAAGUGUAGAAUCAGAAAGGUCUACACAAUCCUCUCUCAUCACCACCCUAGAGGUGUCAUCUACACCAAGCGCUGAAACAACAAUAGUUAGUCUAAGUGAUGUUUCUACAAUACCUCCUACAGACACAAAAUCAAAUAUGCCUGAAAUUUCCACAGCAGAGACUGCACUUAUGUCUUCAUUGACCACUGCUGCUUCUGAAACAACUUCUUCUUCUGCUAAGACUGGUGAGUCUGUAUCAGUGUCAAGUUCUGGACCACAAGAUUUCACAAAAGGACCAGUUGUUCAUUUUACUACAUUGACACCUAAUAGUAUAGCAUUGGACAGCUCCACUCAAUCUACAGUCAGCAGUUUGACAGAAGUGUUGUCAACUCCUACUCCAGGUACCACGUCAUCAACUCCAAGUACACUGUCCCAUGCACUUCCGACUGCGGAGGUCUCAACAACUCAGAAGUUUUCCAUACCUGAAAUUUCAACAUCAUCUAUGCCUGAAACUACCACAGUAGUGACUACAUCAAUUCAUUCAUUGCCCAGCACUCCAUCUUCAACAACGACUACUUCGAUCAAUAACGUCGAGACUGUACCACUUUCAACAUUUCAAACACAAGACUUCACAUCAGGAAUAGAGACAGCUGUUGAAAUGUCGACAAAAAUAAGUGUAGAAUCAGAAAGGUCUACACAAUCCCCUCUCAUCACCACCCUAGAGGUGUCAUCUACACCAAACACUGAAACAACAAUAGUUAGUCUAAGUGAUGUUUCUACAAUACCUGCCACAGACACAGGAUCAACUAUGCCUGAGAUUUCCACAGCAGAGACUGCACUUAUGUCUUCAUUGACCACUGCUGCUUCUGAAACAACUUCUUCUGCAAACAGUCGUGAGUCUGUGUCAGUGUCAAGUUCUGGAACACAAGAUUUCACAACAGGACCAGUUACUCAUUUUACUACAUUGACACCUAAUAGUAUAGCAUUGGACAGCUCCACUCAAUCCACACUCAGCAGUUUCACAGAAGUGUUGUCAACUCCUACUCCAGGUGCCACGUCAUCAACUCCAAGCAUACUUUCCCAUGUACUUCCGACAGAGGAGGUCUCAACAACUCAGAAGUUUUCCAUACCUGAAAUUUCAACAUCAUCUAUGCCUCAAACUACCACAGUAGAAACUACAUCGUUUCAUUCAUUGCCCAGCACUCCAUCUUCAACAACGCCUACUUUGAUCACUAAUAUCGUGGCCUUACCAGUAUCAAGAUCUGAAACUAAAGACUACACAACAAUUACAGACACAUCUCUUGAAAUGUCGACAAAAAUAAGUGUAGAAUCAGAAAGGUCUACACAAUCCCCUCUCAUCACCACCCUAGAGGUGUCAUCUACACCAAACGCUGAAACAACAAUAGUUAGUCUAAUUGAUGUUUCUACAAUACCUCCUACAGACACAGGAUCAACUAUGCCUGAGAUUUCCACAGCAGAGACUGUACUUAUGUCUUCAUUGACCACUGCUCCUUCUGAAACAACUUCUUCUUCUGCCAACAGUCGUGAGUCUGUGUCAGUGUCAAGUUCUGGAACACAAGAUUUCACAACAGGACCAGUUAUUCAGUUUACUACAUUGACACCUAAUAGUAUAGCAUUGGACAGCUCCACUCAAUCCACACUCAGCAGUUUCACAGAAGUGUUGUCAACUCCUACUCCAGGUGCCACGUCAUCAACUCCAAGCACACUUUCCCAUGUACUUCUGACAGAGGAGCUCUCAACAACUCAGAAGUUUUCCAUACCUGAAAUUUCAACAUCAUCUAUGCCUCAAACUACCACAGUAGGACCUACAUCGUUUCAUUCAUUGCCCAGCACUCCAUCUUCAACAACGCCUACUUCGAUCAAUAACGUCGAGACUUUACCAGUUUCAACAUCUCAAACACAAGACUUCACAUCAGGAACAGAGUCAGCUGUUCAAAUGUCGACAAAAAUAAGUGUAGAAUCAGAAAGCUCCACGGAAGCCCCUCUCACCACCACCCUAGAGGUGUCGUCUAAACCACAUACAGAUGCCACAAUAGUUACCCUAAGUCAUCUUUCUACAAUACCUCCCACAGACACAGGAUCAACUGUGCCUGACAUUUCCACAGCAGAGACUGCACUUAUGUCUUCAUUGACCACUGCUGCUUCUGAAACAACUUCUUCUUCUGUUAAGACUGGUGAGUCUGUAUUAGUGUCAAGUUCUGGACCACAAGAUUUCAGAACAGGACCAGUUAUUCAGUUUACUACAUUGACACCUAAUAGUAUAGCAUUGGACAGCUCCACUCAAUCCACACUCAGCAGUUUGACGGAAGUGUUGUCAACUCCUCCUCCAGGUGCCACGUCAUCAACUCCAAGCACACUUUCCCAUGCACUUCCGACAGAGGAGGUCUCAACAACUCAGAAGUUUUCCAUACCUGAAAUUUCAACAUCAUCUAUGCCUGAAACUACCACAGUAGGAACUACCUCAGUUCAUUCAUUGCCCAGCACUCCAUCUCCAACAAAGCCUACUUUGAUCACUAAUAUCGUGGCCUUACCAGUAUCAAGAUCUGAAAUGCAAGACUACACAACAAGUACAGACACAUCUCUUGAAAUGUCGACAAAAAUAAGUGUAGAAUCAGAAAGGUCUACACAAUCCCCUCUCAUCACCACCCUAGAGGUGUCAUCUACACCAAACGCUGAAGCAACAAUAAUUAGUCUAAGUGAUGUUUCUACAAUACCUCCCACAGACACAGGAUCAACUAUGCCUGAAAGUUCCACAGCAGAGACUGCACUUAUAUCUUCAUUGACCACUGCUGCUUCUGAAACAACUUCUUCUUCUGCCAGCAGUCGUGAGUCUGUAUCAGUGUCAAGUUCUGGAACACAAGAUUUCACAACAGAACCAGUUAUUCAGUUUACUACAUUGACACCUAAUAGUAUGGCAUUGGACAGCUCCAGUCAAUCCACACUCAGCAGUUUCACAGAAGUGUUGUCAACUCCUACUCCAGGUACCACAUCAUCAACUCCAAGCACACUUUCCCAAGCACUUCCGACAGAGGAGGCCUCAACAACUCAGAAGUUUUCCAUACCUGAAAUUUCAACAUCAUCUAUGCCUGAAACUACCACAGUAGGAACUACAUCAGUUCAUUCAUUGCCCAGCACUCCAUCACCAACACCUAGUUUGAUCACUACCAUCCAGACUUUUCCAGUUUCUACAUCUCCAACACAAGACUUCACAUCAAGAAUAGAGACAGCUGUUGAAAUGUUGACAAAAAUAAGUGUAGAAUCAGAAAGCUCCAUGCCAGCCCCUCUCACCACCACCCUAGUGGUGUCGUCUACACCACUUGCAGAAACAACAACAGUUAGUCUAAAUGAACUUUCUACGCUAGCUCCCACAGACACAGGAUCAACUAUGCCUGAAAGUACCACAGCAGAGCCUGCACUGAUGUCUUCAUUUACCACAACAACUUUUAGAACAGAUUCUUCUUCAAUCAGCAGUGGUGAGUCUGUAUCAGUGUCAAGUUCUGGAACACAAGAUUUCACAAGAGGACCAGUUAUUCAGUUUAGUACAUUGACACCUAAUAGUAUAGCAUUGGACAGCUCCUCUCAAUCCACACUCAGCAGUUUGACGGAAGUGUUGUCAACUAAUACUGCAAUUACCACAUCAUCAACUCCAAGCACACUUUCAUAUGCAUUUCCAACAGAGGAGGUCUCAACAAAUGAGCACCCUUCCACACCCGAAAUUUCACCAUCAUCCAUGCCUGAAACUACCACAGUACCAACUACGUCAAUUCAUUCAUUGCCCAGCACUCCAUCUCCAAUGACUCCUACUUCAACCAGUAGUGGAGAAACGUCAUCAGUUGCAACAUCGCAAACUCAAGAUUUGAUAACAGGAACAGAUUCUUAUGUUCGUUUUGCUACAAAAAGUUUGGAAUCAGAAAACACUUCCCAAGCUCCUCAUGCAACAGACACAGGAUCAACUGUGAUUGAAAGUGCCACAGCAUUGACUUCACUGAUGCCAUCAUUGUCCACUACUGCUUCUGAAACACCUUCUGCUUCUGCCAACCAUGCUGUGUCUACAACUGUUUCUCCAACAACUACAACCAAUCUGAUGUUGACCACUGCCACAACUCCCUCCAAAAUGUCUGGGUCAGCAGUGGUGACCAGCAAGCUGGUGUUCAACUCUUCCUCUCCGGUUCCCAGUGAAAGUUUGGUCCUCAAUGCCACCAGAACUGUGCUCAGCUCUCGACUCCCAAACUUCAGUGAUUCUACCAAAGUCUUGAACAUCUCAUAUGAGAAAAGAACAGACACUUCCUAUGUGCUCCUGAUCACAUUCAGCCUCAGUAAUGUCAGCAUGCCACACAGCGCUGACCUCAGGAACAACACCUACGUCCAAGUGCAGAAUUCCAUCAAUAAAGCACUAAACGCACUUCUGAAUGACCCUGAUGCAGAGCCAUUGGAACCCAAGAGCUCAGUCUUCACAAGUUCAGCAAACCAGGUUGAAGGCAGCAUGGAGUACAGCUUCCAAGAGGGAGAUACUAAACAACCAGUCCGUUUCCUCAAUGAACUAAAAAUGCAAAGUGCUGUGUCUACAACAGUUUCUCCAACAACUACAACCAAUCUGCUGUUGACCUCUCCCACCACUCCCUCCAAAAUGUCUCGGUCAGCAGUGGUGACCAGCAAGCUGGUGUUCAACUCUUCCUCUCCGGUUCCCAGUGAGCGUUUGGUCCUCAAUGCCACCAGAACUCUGCUCAGCUCUCGACUCCCAAACUUCAGUGAUUCUACCAAAGUCUUGAACAUCUCAUAUGAGAAAAGAACAGACACUUCCUAUGUGCUCCUGAUCACAUUCAGCCUCAGUAACGUCAGCAUGCCACACAGCGCUGACCUCAGGAACAACACCUACGUCCAAGUGCAGAAUUCCAUCAAUAAAGCACUAAACGCACUUCUGAAUGACCCUGAUGCAGAGCCAUUGGAACCCAAGAGCUCAGUCUUCACAAGUUCAGCAAACCAGGUUGAAGGCAGCAUGGAGUACAGCUUCCAAGAGGGAGAUACUAAACAACCAGUCCGUUUCCUCAAUGAACUAAAAAUGCAAAGUACUGUGUCUACAACAGUUUCUCCAACAACUACAACCAAUCUGCUGUUGACCUCUCCCACCACUCCCUCCAAAAUGUCUGGGUCUGCAGUGGUGACCAGCAAGCUGGUGUUCAACUCUUCCUCUCCGGUUCCCAGUGAGAGUUUGGUCCUCAAUGCCACCAGAACUCUGCUCAGCUCUCGACUCCCAAACUUCAGUGAUUCUACCAAAGUCUUGAACAUCUCAUAUGAGAAAAGAACAGACACUUCCUAUGUGCUCCUGAUCACAUUCAGCCUCAGUAACGUCAGCAUGCCACACAGCGCUGACCUCAGGAACAACACCUACGUCCAAGUGCAGAAUUCCAUCAAUAAAGCACUAAACGCACUUCUGAAUGACCCUGAUGCAGAGCCAUUGGAACCCAAGAGCUCAGUCUUCACAAGUUUAGCAAACCAGGUUGAAGGCAGCAUGGAGUACAGCUUCCAAGAGGGAGAUACUAAACAACCAGUCCGUUUCCUCAAUGAACUAAAAAUGCAAAGUACUGUGUCUACAACAGUUUCUCCAACAACUACAACCAAUCUGCUGUUGACCUCUCCCACCACUCCCUCCAAAAUGUCUGGGUCUGCAGUGGUGACCAGCAAGCUGGUGUUCAACUCUUCCUCUCCGGUUCCCAGUGAGAGUUUGGUCCUCAAUGCCACCAGAACUCUGCUCAGCUCUCGACUCCCAAACUUCAGUGAUUCUACCAAAGUCUUGAACAUCUCAUAUGAGAAAAAAACAGACACCUCGUUUGUGGUCAUCUUCAUAAUCAGUCUUAGUAACGUCAGCAUGCCAGACAACACUGACUUCAGAAACAACACCUACAUCCAAGUCCAGAAUUCCAUCAACAAUGCACUGAACACACUCCUGACUGAUCCAGGCAAUCAUCCUUUUAAUCCUCAAAUUGCAAAUUUCACGAGCACAUCAAAUCAGAUUCUUGGAGAUAUGGUUUACAGUUUUUUGGAGGAUGAUAUCAACAAACCAACCAGCUUCCUGAGGCUACUCUCAAAUGCAUAUGUUCUGCCACCAACAAAAACCCCCAACAGAAGCACAACUCAAACUCCAACUUUACAUACCACGACAAGCUCAACUCAAGUGGGGACGGUGCUGAUUUAUAUCCGCUUGGUGUUUAAGAACCUGACCACUCUACCCAGUGAGGCAGAGGUUCUUAAUGCUGCCAAUACUCUACUGGACUCAAGUGUCAGAAUGAAGCGAGAUGUCAGAAUGCAAAAACUGAAUAACCCAGUGAGCAUCCAGAACGUCACCUAUCAGAAAACGGGUAACAACUCAUAUACUAUUACCUUUGGAUUCAAAAUCAGCAAUGUAAACAUUUCCUCAAACCUUCAACUCCGAAAUGAAACAUAUGGUUCCAUUCAACAGACCAUCAACGUUUUGCUCAACAAAAUCUUGAAUGGAAAAAGUUCUACGCCAUUUAACUUUCCACAGGCAAACUACAAGGAUAACGAUACCGUGAUUCAGGCAGUUUCAGAAUAUGUUUUUGUGGAGGGGAAUAUCCAGGUACCAAGUGGAUUUCUUGCUGAAAUACUCAAAGUUAGUGGUUUAGCUUCCACGACUCCUCAGCCCACUGUCCCAAACACCACUUUCCCUGGAAACAGCACCGGAGGAUUUCCAGGUUGGGCCCUGGCCAUCAUUAUCCCCUGCAGUAUAGCCAUCAUUCUCAUACCCACCUGGAUUACACUCUGUUGUAUGCUGUGUGGUUGCUGUGCCGCCAUAAGGAGGCGCUACGGUAGAAGAAGGUCCUACAAUGUCCAGUACCCAACAAGCAAUGGACUCUUUUAAAAACAGAAUGAGUAAAAAUAUCUUAAGCCGUAUAGAAUUAAAUCAUAAGAGAACAUUUUUCAGUAAUUUAUUGACUGUUUUAAGUGAUAAUGUGUUUCUCUUAAAGCUGAAAGAAUGUAAAAUAUAUAUUUUUCUAAACUGAAAUGAAGAUACAAUCUUAGGCUACCCUAAU